AUGAGCAUGCAACCGAAAUAUUCGUUCGAGAGGCUGGAUAAGGACAAGGCCGUCCUUCUCAUCGUCGACCACCAACUCGGUCUCCUCCAACUGGUCAAGGAUUAUACCACUGCUGAAUUCCGAAACAAUGUCCUCGCCCACGCCGAGUUGGGCAAGCUCUUCAACCUGCCAACCAUCUUGACAACAUCUGCAGAGACAGGACCCAAUGGACCGCUCCCCAAAGAAAUCAUCGAUAUGUAUCCUGAUGCCCCAUUUAUCAAACGAAAUGGCGAAGUCAACGCGUGGGACAACCCGGACUUCAGAGCCGCGGUCAAAGCAACCGGUCGCACACAGGUCAUUCUGGGUGGCAUUGUUACAGAAGUUUGCACCAUGUUCCUCGCCCUUUCGCUCAGAGAAGCCGGAUACUCCGUCUGGGCCAACACGGAAGCCAGCGGCACGGCGACACCCAAGCUCGCUGAGGACGCGAAUCGAAGAAUGGAAGGCGCCGGUGUACAUUUGACCGGUAUGUUCGGCAUCGCCAUGUUUCUCAUGAAAGAUUGGAGAAAUACCCCUGGCACGGCUGAAGUACUGCCUUUCUUGGACAAGUACUUCCCCGCGUACGGCGUCGUGGCUAGAGCUCACGGCUCCGCAAAGGUUUCUGGAGACAUUGUCCCUGGCGAGCAGCAGCUUUUGGGAUAG